AUGUCGGCCUUUUUGCAAGUACCUGACUCUGCCAGGCUACACCUCUUCCCUUCGAUAGUGCAGAAGCAGGCCAGAUUCGCACCUCUCCCAUCAUCGGAUCCUCGGCCACUGGAUGGUCGGCUUUCCCACGUCAAUCCUAGGAGUUCAUGGAUGCGAAGAAGCCAGCGCUUCCAGCCACAACCGUUUAACAAUUUCUCUCGCGUCCAACGCCUGAGCAGGCUCUCAUACUACCCCGUUGCCAACGAAUAUAUCGAUGGCGUCUUCAACGAAAAGACGACGCUCCCGCCGCGGUGGUCGUUUUACGUGCCCGACUUUGACUUCGACGUCAAGGAGUUUGACCAAUAUGACAAUCCCGAGAACGAGGAAGACGUGCCCAAGGCGCUGAAGGCCUUCCGCGUCGACUUCUGGGAGGGAGAUCCGGAUGACCCCCAAAACUGGUCGACUGCCUACCGGAUCCUCGUCAUUGGCAUGUUCGCUCUGACGACGCUGGCCACCGGCAUCUACUCCACAGCCUACUCGAGUGGCAUCCCCCAGAUGUCCGCUGACCUCAAAAUCACCAACCAGUCGCUGCCUCUGCUUGGCAUCUCUCUUUACCUGGUUGGCCUAGCUCUCGGGGCCCUCAUCAUGGCGCCACUGAGUGAGACCUUUGGAAGGAGACCAAUGUAUAUCGCCGGCCUGAGCGUUUUCCUAGCGUUGAUCCCAAUUGCUGCGCUUGCGACAGACUUCACCAUGGUGAUUGUUGCGCGUUUCUUAGGUGCUGUUGCCGGUAGUGUGAUGCUUUCCAACGUCGGCGGGUCCAUCAUGGACAUCACCAACCCCAAGUACCUCCCCCUUGCGAUGUCGGUAUACUCUUUCGGUCCUCUCAAUGGCCCCGUACUCGGACCGCUCAUGGGCGGAUUCUUGGUCGAAGCUUGGGGCUGGAGAUCACUCAACUGGAUGUCCUUGAUCUCAACAGCCGUUGGGGCUCUCUUCAUUAUGACCGUUCCCGAAACAUACAGGCCCACGCUUCUCCGGAAAAAAGCAGCCCUGAAGCGAAAAGAUGAGAAUGACAACCGAUACUGGUCUGACUUUGACGACACGGUGCCCAUCUUUCGCAGAAUCAGGACUGCUGUUUCCCGACCUUUCAUUCUUUCAUUCACUGAGCCCGUUCUAAUGUUCUGGAACAUUUACAUCUCCGUCAUCUACGCCAUCGUCCAGCUGGCCUACGUCGCGUUCCCCAUCGUAUAUCGAACAGAACGUGGCUGGAGCACGGCCAUUUCUGGGCUGGCAUUCAUCGGAGUCUUUGUCGGCAUCGCGCUGGUUCUCGCGACGGAGCCGCUUCUGAGGAAGCUGGUAAACCGACAGCCAAAAAAUCCCGAGACUGGUCAGCUAGAACCAGAGGCCACCGUCCUUCUCAUUUGUAUUGGUGCAGUGCUGGAGCCAAUUGGCCAGCUUUCGUUCGCUCUCACUUCCCUACCUAUAGAAAUUCCCUUUUACUGGAGCGUCUUGUCCGGCGUUCCCUUCGGAUAUGGCUUCGGCCUUGUCUUUAUCUACGGAACUAGUUACAUCUCCAAGGUCUUUGGCAUGUACGCCACGUCCGCGUCUGCGGGCAACCUUGUUUUCCGAUCAAUCUUGGGCGCCGUGCUGGUGCUGGUGGGCAAGAGCAUGUACGCUGCCCUGACGCCGCGGAUUGCAGGCAUUGCUGUUGGCGUCGCCGAGGUCGCGCUGAUGCCGGUCCCUUUUAUUUUCCUCAAAUGGGGAAAGAAGAUUCGGCAGAAGAGCAAACUCAUUCGGACAUUGGAGGAGCAGGCGAAGAAGAUGGCAUAA